GUGUCCUGCAGGUCUGCUGGGAUGGCUCGCAUGUCUGUUUUCAAGUUCUCAGCGCUGGCUCUGCUGCUUCUGUCUGCCUGCUGUUGGGCCGACAAUGAGGACAUUGCAGAGGAGGACUCAGGGGAGCUUUCUGUCUCUGAACUUCUGGAGAGAGCCAACAGUAAUCUGAGUGAUCCAUUCGACAAUGAUCCCAUCCUGACUGGUGGAGACAUCGCCAUUGACAACGAGGCUGAGAAGAACGCUGACCCCUGCACCAGCCAAGGCUGCAUGUGGGGCAAGUGGACCGACGGGAAGGUCUACAUUCCUUAUUACAUCGCCAAUCACUUCUCCUCCCGUGAGAAGGCCAUCAUCACCCGUGGACUGGAGUCCUUCUCCUCCUUCUCCUGCAUCCGCUUCAGGCCAAGCAGAAGCAGCGACCGUGACUGGCUGAGCAUUGAGUCCAAGAAUGGCUGCUACUCUUUCGUUGGCCGUCGUGGUGGUAAGCAGGUGGUGUCUCUGGCCCGUAGUGGAUGCCUUUACCAUGGCACCGUCCAGCAUGAGCUGCUCCAUGCUCUGGGAUUCAACCAUGAACAAACCCGCUCUGACAGGGACAACCACAUCAAAGUCCUGCUGCACAACGUUCAGUCUGGAAUGGAGCACAACUUCAGGAAGAUUGCCACCCUCAACCAGGGCACUCCCUACGAUUACAACUCUGUCAUGCAGUACCACAGGUAUGCCUUCUCUAAGAACAACCAGCCCACCAUGGUCCCAAUCCCUAACUCCAAUGUGUCCUUUGGCAACGCCAAGCAGAUGAGCCACAACGACAUCGCCAGGCUCAACACACUCUACAAGUGCUAGGAAGCCUGUCCAGAUGUUGUGACAGAAAGAGCAGAGGGAAUAUUGUCUCCUAGUGCUCGCUGAACAGAAGCCGCAGGCCUGAACUCAUCAGCACAACAGUCAAUGAUCAUCCAAUAAAGUCACUCUGACUGAAACAUAGCUGUCUCUUUUCA